AUGAUACCAGGACAAAAGUCUAUAGUAAAGUUUCAUUUCAUCUUGACACCGCUGUAUAAAGUGUGGCUUAUACUGGGGCUAGCUCCAAUUGAACAGAGGGCGAAUCCAGUCUUUGGCUGCAAGAAAAGUCGAAGAAAUUUGUGUAGUGUGGCAUGGCCUUCUGUUUUCUGGCUUUUUGUAACUGCGCUAGUGUCAGUUAUUUACUGGUACUAUAUGAUACAAAUAUUCAGAAGCUUACCCAACUUGUCUUCAGCCAUAUAUUGCCUCUUUGUAGCUAUAACAGAUGGAAAGCAGCUGUUGAUCUUUUUGAUAUGUGCUGCAACGAGGCUUGAUCGUUUACGAUUAUUCAUAAAGGAGCUCCAGUUCGUAGAUGAUGGUAUUCCGUUAAAGGAGACACGUUGCAGCACACUAUUCAGCAGUUCGCUACUCUUCAUUAACGUUGCUCUGAUGAGUGGUGUGAUCGGACUGCACUCAAGCUCUGGUGGGAUGAUUCUGCUGAUACACCUUAUUUUUCGUUGGUUCCUGGACUCAGUGGUGCUCCUCCAGUUCGUAUUGCUGGUCCUGAAGCUGUGGAAGAGGUUCUGCAGACUCAACGCGUCCCUCGAAGAGGAGGUGUGCCACUCUGACUUCCCUGUCCUGCGAGUAUCGCCACAGUCGGCUGUAUUUAAAAGAAAACUGCAUAAACUGCAGAUGGCGUUUGUAGCCUUGGGGCGCGCGGCCGAGCAACUGGAGGAACACUUUGGGCUGCCGGUCGCUUUCGAUAUUGCACAGUGUAUGUUUGGUGCCACUUGCAGCACAUACGAAGUGAUUACAGUGUUGUUCCUUUCACAAGACACGGAGCUUCCACAACUCAGUAAGUCCGCGAGCGCUUCUACUCUGUGGCUCGCCUACCACUGCCUCAAGCUAGUGGCUUUGUCGCUGUCCUGCGCAGCAGCUCAAAACGAGUCGGUGCGCACCGGUGUGCUCCUCCAGAGAUUUCCAGUGCUGCCAUCUGGGCAGUCUGUCGAAAUGGACGCAUUCCUGCGCGUGGCGUUGUUGGGUCUACCACUGCGUUUCACUGCCUCAGGAUUCGUCGAGAUAGAUCGCCGUCUGCUGGUUUCCGCAGUUGCUGUCACCGUUACAUACCUCGUCAUCAUUAUUCAGUCCACAACUAACCAAUAA